AUGCGUAUUUUCUUAUGGAACAUCAAUGGCAUUGUGCGAGAAGAAGCACAAUGUAAACUGAAAGAAUUAGUUAAAGAAUUCAAGUCGGAUAUUAUCGGAAUUGCUGAACCAAGGGUGUAUCUUUCAUCUAGGUCCAUGUGUCGUUUCCAGGUUGAUGGCUUUAAUAAUAGUAUUAUUCAUAAUUCUACUGUAACUACUAUUGGGAAUUUAUGGGUUAUGUGGUCUAUGAAUCUGCCGGAGCCAGUGGUGUUGAAUGUGUCUAGACAGGCUAUUACAAUAUCCGUGGAAGUUUUUUAUAUUUCUUUGGUUCAUGUCAGUUCUAUUCAGGACACAAGGAGAAAUCUUUGGAGACAAUUGAAUAUCGGUGCUCAACAAGUUCCGUGGUUGGUUAUUGGCGAUUUUAAUUUUGUUUUGUGCAAUGUAGAGAAGAAGGGUGGUGCUACACCUAGGACAACAGUGGUAAAUGAAUUUAGUGACUGGAUGGAUGACAAUAGCCUCUUUGAGGCUGGUUCAUUGGGUUGCAAUUUUAAUUAG